AUGGUAAACAGUGGGUCGAUUUGCCGCACUGUGACCCGCGGAACCGUCCGAGGGUCCAGCUGGGACCGGGGACUCCUGGACCGGGGACUCAUGGCUCUGAAGCUGAUUCAGAGUCUGACCCCUUUUGGACAGUUUGGGAUCCGUCAUCAUCCUGUCGGACAUGUCUAUACCAGGCUGUGUGCGGCCUGCCUGUGCCAGCGCAUCAGGAUCCACGGCUGCAGGAAGCUCCAGACCUCCUCCUCCGGGACCAGGACCCUGACCACCAUCGCCCGGGAGCCCCUGUUUGUGGUCAGCAGCUCCGUGGGGCUCCACAGAGACUCGGCCCCUCCUAUCCGGCUGACCCAGCUCCAUCGGCCCUCGGUUUCCGAGGAGCGGGCCUUCCGGGAGCGCCUGGGGGGCUGCUCCUCCUCCCGGGGCGUCCUCAGGCUGCUGGGCUCCGUGGAGAUGCUGUCGGACACGAUGGCCGCCGGCGCCCUCCACCGCCUGGCCGAUUUGGAGCGGGACGGCUCGGCCCCGGCCCUGAGGGACCCGGCGGUUCUGGAAAAGGACGCCGUGCGGGCGCUGUGCUUCCAGCUGGAGCAGGACUCCGCCCGGCUGACCGACGCCGGGCUGGUGUCCGCCCUCCUGGCCUGCACCCGCCUGUUCCUGGACCCCCGGAGCUCGCUGGUGGUCCGGCUGCUCUCCGAAAGCCGGACCCGGCUGGACGGCGGCCGGAUGGGCGUGGCCCAGCUGUGCACCUUGGGAAACGCCGCGCUGGCCCUGGAGGGCGCCGGCGGCCCGACGCUGGAGCGGGUCCUGGAGCAGAUCCGGGACCAGGACCCCGCCCGGUGGAGCAUCCCAGACCUGGUGGCCGCGUACGGGCUUCUGCGAGGCUGCGCGGGGGAGGACGGGAGGCACAGGGACCUGCUGAACGCCAUGCACACGCACGCCGUCACGGUCACCGCCCACAUGGACCCGGGCGCCGUCAGCGGGCUGCUGGGCGCCCUGGUGGCCCUGAACCAGACGCAGGCCGUGCCUCUGGUCAUCAGCCUGUGCAAGCAGGCCGUGCGCCACGUGCCCCGCUUCGGCGACGAGCAGCUGGCCGAGGUCCUGGGCGCCCUCAUGCACUUCGGCCACAGCGACCGCUACUUCGUGGAGGCCAUGGAGAAGCACGUCCCCGCCGUGGCCUUCACCGCCCACCCGGAGACCGUCUCCAAGGUGGCGCAGUUCUUCGCGCGGCGGCGGAUCCUGUCCCCGGCCGUGUUCGACGCCCUGGCCGAGAGCUUCGUGUACCGGGCCCACGACUACAGCACGGGCCAGGCGGCGCGGCAGAUCGCCGCCUUCGGGAGGCUGGGCUACCUGCCGCCCAACGCCGGGCAGCUGUUCGGGGAGGUGGAGUCCCUCCUGCACCGGCGCUUCUCCCACUUCCAGCCCCGGGCGCUGCUCGCCCUGCUGCACGCCUGCACGCUGGUGCAGAGGUUCCCCGUCAACUUCUUCUCCAAGGUGUUCAGCGGAUACUUCCUGCAGCAGCUGCAAGAUAACGAGGCGGGGAUGGACCGGACCGUCCUGGCCAUGCUGACUCAGCUCUACAUGACCGUGAAGCUGGAAUGUCCCUUCUACGAGGGUCCACGGCUGCUUCCAAAGUACAGAGUGAAGUCCUUCCUCAUGUCCAGUCGCUCGGUGGAAACGCUAGUGGACCCACACCUGUACAACUCCGUCAAAACCGGACUGGUGGAUUUGCUGGGCGACCGCGCCUACUUCGGAUCCAAAGUUCUGACCCCGUACUGCUACACUCUGGAUGUGGAGAUAAAGCUGGACGAGGAGGGAUAUGUGCUGCCCGCCAGCCACACAGAAGAGGUGUUCAAAAGGAUAGCUCUGUGCAUUGACGGCCCAAAGAGAUUCACCACCAACCUGAGGCAGCUGCUUGGAAAAGAAGCCACCAAGCAGCGACAUCUGCGCCUUCUGGGAUAUGAAAUCGUUCAGAUUCCUUAUUACGAAUUUGAAAAACUACACAGCAAGACCAGCAUGGUGGAGUAUCUUCACCAAAAGAUCUUCCCUCACACGUACAGGCUGAGCUGGUGAUGGGGAAACCCCAUCAGGUCUUAUCGGUUUAAGCUCAGCUCAUCUCAAACAGAUCCUUAUUUAUUUUUGCUAAAAAUCAUUGUUAAAAGAAUGUAUUUAAGCUAUUCUGAAGAUAUUUAACUCGCCAAUAAAGUGACUUUUUGCACA